AUGGUUAGAAAGACAACUCAAGGAAACGCUUUUCUUUCUGGACAAUUAACAAAUUACCAGUUAAUGGUAUUGGAUGACAAGCAGACUGUAUUAACAAUUUCCAUGGCUUAUUCUGGUUGCAGUUGUCAUUUGUCAAGUACAUGUGUCGAACAACUUUCCAUCUAUGAUAAUUCUACAAAUAUAAGAUUAUUCGAUGUACCAGGUUUCUACACAGGAUGCUAUGUAAUUGAAGCAUUACUUCAAUCUACUCUUCAGUGCUUUUAUGACCAAAACUGUAUAGAUGAACUACAACUUUACUUAACAACUGCUUCGCCAAUGAAUGCAACAGCUCUUGAUCCAUCUUUAUCAAGUCAAUAUUCUGAAAAUUCCACCAUCGAACAUCUCCUUCAAAGUUUAAUGAUUGAAGAUUGGAAUUCAACGCAACUAUAUGAUCGAUACUAUAAUGAAUGUCAACCUAUACAAUGCACUUAUACUACUGAAACAAGGAAUAGCGUAAUUUACAUUAUUACCACAAUGUUUGGUAUUGUUGGUGGUCUCAUGACAGUUCUAAGAUGCGUUGUACCACGAGUUGUCAAUCUUGUGAGAAAGAAAAGGAGCCAAUUACCACAAUCACCUUUUGGACUUGUGCUGCAUACCUAUGUUUGCCGUUUGUUUCCAACACUUAAAAACUAUUGUUUAACAUUCAAUGUGUUUAAAUCUGUGCCACCUUCAACUGAUGAACAUAAACUUAAAAAUCAACUAAUAUCAACAAGAAUAUUUAUUGUAUUGCUCAUCUUAUCAUUAACAAUUCUUCUCUUAUAUACAUCAUUAGCCGACAUUACAAAAACUAUCAAUGUUCCUACACCUGAUCUCAAAAAAUAUGAACAAUUAUAUUUUAAGUAUUCACAAACUCUUACAUGUCCAUGUAAACAAAUAUCAAUUAACUAUGAAAAAUUUCUUUCUAUUGAAUAUACAUUUCAUCAAGUAUGCACUAGUAUUUUUAUCACCGACGACUGGAUUUCAUAUAUUGGGAUGUCUUAUGAAGCUACAUCCGCUAAUAUUAACUUUCAAUGGACAGCUUCGAAUGCAUUUCAAGCUCUACAUGCCUUUUGUGACUUAAUUGAAAGUACAAUUAAUAAUAGUCUGAUUCAAUUUAAUUCAAGUCAAUAUAUCACUGCAUCUAUCGCAUCAUCAGAAUUAUUUCAGCUACAAGCUCGAUCAUUCGUUAAACAGUUUAUAUUAUCAACAACAAAUACUUUUGUGUUAUCUCUUAAUACCAUCCGAAACUCAACUCACGGAGAUGGUUUACUCUCGGGCUUAUUGACAAAUUACGAAAUAACCGUAGGUACAUCCAUAUCUAAAGAACCUAUUGUUCUCGGCGCUCCAGUAGGUUACUCUAAGUGUAGUUGUGCUCUGUCAAGUACAUGUAUCGCACAGUCUUCCUUUUUGAAUAGCCUGUCUAACAUGGAUAGUUUUGAUGUACCAGGUUUUUAUACAGGAUGUUAUGUGAUUGAAGCAUUACUACAAUCUACUCUUCAGUGCUUUUACGAUCAAACCUGUAUAGAUAAUUUACAAAUUUAUUUAUCACCACCUGUUCCGAUGGAUGUGACAGCUCUUACCUCAUUAUUACUAAGUCAAUACUCUGAAAACUCAACAAUUGAAUAUCUUCUUAAUAAUUUAAUGAUUGAAGAAUGGAAUUCAACACAAUCAUUCGAUCAAUACUAUAAUGAAUGUCAACCUAUGGAAUGUACUUAUACUAUUGAAACAAGAAAUAACGUAAUUUACAUUAUUACCACUAUUUUUGGUGUUAUUGGUGGUCUCAUAACAGUUCUAAGAUGCGUUGUACCACAAGUAGUCAAUAUAUGUAAUGAACCAUUUCAAUCACCAAUGAAUUGUAAUUCAUGUGGAAAUACAUAUUGUCAAGAAUGUAUUAUGCAAUGGAUGCAACAACAAUUAUCUUGUCCGUCAUGUCGACAAAUAGGCAAUCAAUUUUUACCUGUCAUUAGUCGAGUUGUAUUAAAUCAAUUAAAUCGUUUAUUAGUUCAAUGUACAUUAUGUCAACAAAUGAAUAUUCAACGAAGUAAUUUUAAUGAUCAUAUAUCUUGUACAUGUCCAAAACAAAUAGUUAAUUGUACCGAUAAUUGUGGAUGGAAAGGUUGUCGAGAAAAUCUUCAAGAACAUUUAAUAGAAUGUCGACGAAAACAAUUAUUUACAGAUCAUAUUUCAAAAUACUGGAAAAAUAUAGCUUUUGUUAUUUUAGCCAUUCUCUUUUUUUAUAUAAUAAAACCACAUGAUAAUAAAAAAUAUUAA